AUGGCUUCAUACAUUUAUUUCGCCGAACAAUAUUGUUGGAUUUUUGCUACGAUCAACAAUCAAACAAUUCAAGUCAUGGAACUUAAUAUUUAUGAACUUAUUCAAAAUUUUAUUCGAACCAAAAUUGAUCACUCAACUUUUAAAAUUAAUAACGGCGAUUUGAAAGCUAUAUUUGAACAAGUUAUUGAAAGACUCAAUCAACUCUCAAUAGUGAACAAUGGUGUUAAUGAUAACAUGGAACAAAAUUCGUCCUUGUCAGAAAAUGAUGAAGUGUAUUUAAGAUUCAGGAAAAAAGCAUUUGAAAUGACAAGCAUAGCAAAAUAUCAGUCUCAAAGUUUUAGAAAUGCUUGCUCAAGAGGUGAUUACAGUUUGGCAAAGCAACUUUGUCAAAAAAGUAAAGCAGCAUGGCAAGCUGUUCAUAAACUCCAUGCAGAGGCUGCGAACAACAUCUUCCAAAUAAAAAACAAAAAAAAUGGAAUAAUGAAGAUCGACUUGCAUGGUCUUCACCCUGCUGAAGCAAUCGAAGUAAUGAGAAUACGUCUCAUUUUAAUUGAAACCAACUUAGUAAUAUUGCGUACUUUAUCCUCGGAUUCUAAUAAACAACCAAUUUGGUUGAAAGUUAUUACAGGUAUAGGAAAACAUAGUCAUGGAGUGGCUAAGCUUCCAACGGCUGUGAGGACCUUCCUUACUGAUAAAGGGUAUCAAUUCAAAGAAGACACGCCAGGCGUAAUUAUGGUUCGUCCUAAGUUCCGAACUAAUUCAUAUUAA